AAACGUUAGUGCCUUACGUAUGAAGUUUGAUUUCUGCAGCUGGUGCCUGCGAGGAAGUCACCAGCCCCGACGUGAGAGAUUUGCAGCCUCUCUACCAAUUGUCACUUUUGCGAGAAGUGAAAGCGUUCACUUUCUGACCUACGCGACAGCUUUUAGAUCGUAGUAAAGAUGGAUAACAAGCGCUUCACAAUGAACCCCUUUGGAGAGUUGACGCUGUCAGCUGAAGAGCGCGCGAAGCUCGUGGCGAUCGCUGAUGAACUGGUGCUUGCGAAGUUCGAGGAAUAUGAAGAGCACCUGAACAUUGACAAGAAGGUCGACCUGACGCGCUGGAAAAAGUUCACCAACUCUGGCACAACGACGACGUAUCUCGAACGGAAGAACUCGAAUCCGAACUCCAAGUUACCUGCACUGCUCAUGGUCGGUCCACUGCCGGGUACACUGGACGAGAACAUGUUCGGUCUCGUUAGUCCGACUCUCGAAGCCAUGCGAAUCAAGUCCUCGUACCUGAGCGACUUUAGUGCUGCUGCAGUACUUGCAACGAUCGUGGAACCAUCCGCAGAGAGUCCAUUUCGAUCGGUAGUGGUAAAGUGGAUGGAGAUCGACAUUCCCGGUGCCUCCAUAGGUCUCGUACGCAACCGAGACUAUGUCUACGUUGAGAGUUCAGGCAUCCUUCGUCUCAAGAAUGGCGAACAAGUCGGCUAUCAUUUAUUCCACUCCGUUAACUUUCCAGAAGCUCAUGAGCUACCGAACCGAGUGCGUGGUAACAUGUCAUUCUGUGGUAUCUUCCACCAAGAGGGACCCGAUAGAACAGACUGCCGCGGCACGGGUAUCAUGGAUCCUGGUGGUGAUAUGAUCCGUGUGAUGGCUGUUAUGGGUAUGGUGCAGGCCACAAUGGCCGGUUUGAAGUACUCGUAUUGCGGACAAAUGAAGAAGUUGGCGUGGUUACUGGAGCAGCGACACACCCAAGCAAGAGAACGUGGUGCACCCGUAGCUGAGCCUGUGUGCGUGACGUGCUCUAAAUUGAUCAAAAACUCAAAGUUGAGCAUGGGCAAGUCGAGCAGCACGUGCAAAUUGUGCUUUGGAGCACUUUGUGGCACGUGUAAGAUCUCCAAGAAGCUGAGUUUCAUCACUCCAGAUCUGGAGCUCGCACAGCGAAAGGUCAACUUCUGUGUCAAGUGCCUAGUGGAAGCAACACGCAUGGACACACUGGAAGCUGCACGCCAGCAAUUUGUCUACAAGAAACCCGUUCAACCAAGUGUGUACGGCUCCUCAGUCGCCUCCGAUGCGAGCUCAGGCUCCGACAUUACAAACUCCACUAGAUCUCACGAUAGCACCGCCUAGUCAAUACAUAUCCAAUUUCUGGGGUGCUUGACUGUGCUUGAAUGUGCUUGAAUGCGCUUGAAUGUGCUUGAAGCGUAGCUCACAAUGAAGUUUUCCCAGUUUACUGAUACUGUUAAAGGGUUAACGUAGGCAGCACAGGAGCCAAGUUGAAGUGAAGUGUCCGUUUACCAGCAAACUCUUGCGAUCAAUUCACCAUCAACAAGCUCGUGCUUCAAGUCA